AUGUCUACCCUUAACCUCAUCGCCGAUUACUCCCAAAUGGUUCUAUCUCACCUUCCAGGACCCACCCGACAUCUCUUCCGCAACCCAACAGCCCAAAAGGCCGUCGGAAUUCUCGCCGCCCUCACCUUCCUCCGCGCCACAAACGACUUCUUUUCAAGACGCACCCUACAAAACUGGACUUCCAACCAACCAUGGAUCCCGGCACGCGAGCUCAUCCUACUAACGGGUGGCUGCAGCGGAAUCGGCAAGCAGGUCAUGGAAGACCUCGCGCGCACAGGCGUGCGCGUCAUCAUCCUCGAUAUUAAUGAGCCAACUUUCACACUGCCGGCUAACGUCACCUUCUACAAGGCGAAUGUCAGUUCCUCGGCGGAUAUCGCGAAUGUCGCGAGCACGAUCCGUGACAAUCACGGCGAGCCCACGGUCUUGAUUAAUAACGCUGGCGUUGGACACGAGGGGGCAAUCCUCGAUGAAUCCGAGGAGAAUAUCCGGCAGACUUUCGAGGUCAAUACCCUCUCCCAUUUCCUUAUGGUUAAGGAGUUCUUGCCGGCUAUGGUGAAGGCGAAUCAUGGUCAUGUUGUCACUAUUGCUAGUAUGGCGAGCUUCGUGGCUCUCGGUGAGAUGGUGGAUUAUUGUUGCACCAAGGCCAGUGCGCUUGCUUUCCAUGAGGGACUGCGGCAGGAAUUGAAGUAUUGGUAUAAUGCGCCCAGUGUGCGCACUAGUAUUAUUCACCCUGCGUGGGUACGUACGCCUAUGAUCAAGAUGCUCACAGACAACGAGGCGCACUUCAGAGAGUCUAUCAUGACCACCCAGGUCGUGUCUGACGCUAUCUGUAAGCAAAUCUUGACUCAGACUAGUGGCCAGGUUCUUCUGCCUGCCAGUAAGUCGGUGGCUACUUUGGUGCGCGCUAUGCCAACCUGGAUGCAGGAGGGUGUGCGCAAUUUCGCGUCGGGUUCCUUGAAGAAGAUGUGUGUUCUGCAGACAGAGGAGAAGGCCCAGGCGCAGUAG